GAGGAGGCGAGGCGGCGGCACAUCCGCCUGCACAUGGAAGGGGCGCUGACCGCCCGGGACAAGGUCGGCGUGCAGGACUUCGUGCUGCUGGACGCGCACACCAGCGAGUCGGCCUUCGUGGAGAACCUACGCAAGCGGUUCAGCGAGAACCUCAUAUACACGUACAUCGGAACUCUGCUGGUGUCUGUGAACCCGUACCAGGAGCUCGGACUCUACUCUGUGAGCCAGAUGGAACUUUAUCAAGGGGUCAAUUUCUUUGAACUGCCGCCGCAUGUCUACGCCAUAGCGGACAAUGCCUACCGCGUGAUGUGCUCCGAGCUGAAUAACCACUUCAUCCUGAUUUCUGGGGAGAGCGGGGCGGGGAAAACGGAGGCCUCCAAGAAGAUUCUCCAGUAUUUUGCAGUGAUGUGCCCCAUGACGGAAUCGCUGCAGGUAGCCCGCGACCGGCUGCUGCUGUCCAACCCUGUGCUGGAGGCCUUUGGAAAUGCCAAAACGCUGCGGAAUGACAACUCCAGCAGAUUUGGGAAAUACAUGGACAUACAGUUUGACUUCCAGGGCGUCCCCGUAGGUGGACACAUCAUCAGUUACCUGAUAGAGAAGUCCCGCGUCGUCUACCAAAACCAGGGCGAGCGGAACUUCCACAUCUUCUACCAGCUGCUGGCAGGUGGCGAAGCGGAGCGUCUGGCUUACCUGGGACUUGAGCGGGACCCCCAGCUGUACAAGUACCUCUCACAGGGUCGUUGUGCCAAAGAGUCGUCCAUUAACGACAAGAACGACUGGCAAACUGUCUCCAAUGCCUUCUCCGUCAUCGAGUUCACGGAAGCCGACCUGGAGAAUCUCUUCGGGAUCCUUGCCAGUGUCCUGCACCUGGGCAAUGUUUGCUUUGAAGAAGACGCCCAAGGCUGUGCCGCCAUCCCGGACACACACGAGAUCAAGUGGAUCGCCAAGCUCCUGGGCGUCUACCCGUCGGUGCUGCUGGAAGCUCUCACUCACAGAAAGAUUGAAGCCAAGACGGAGGAGGUGAUCUGCCCGCUGUCGCCAGAACUGUCUGUCUACGCCAGAGAUGCGAUGGCGAAGGCGGUCUACGGACGGACGUUCACGUGGCUGGUCAGCAAGAUCAACUCGUCCCUGGUGAACAAGGAUUUCACCAGGAAAACCGUGAUCGGGCUGCUGGACAUCUACGGGUUUGAAGUCUUCGACAAGAACGGUUUUGAACAGUUCUGUAUCAAUUACUGCAACGAGAAGCUCCAGCAGCUGUUGAUAGAGAGGACCCUGAAGGCGGAGCAGGCGGAAUACGAAGCGGAAGGCAUCGAGUGGGAGCCAAUCCAGUACUUCAACAACAAGAUCAUCUGCGAUUUGGUAGAAGAGAGGCACAAAGGCAUCAUCUCCAUCCUGGACGAGGAGUGUAUUCGGCCUGGUCACGCCACCGACUUGAGUUUCCUGGAGAAAUUGGAGGAGAAAGUGGGCAAGCACGCACACUUCCAAACCCGUAAGCUGGCUGGUCCUAAGGGCCGGAAGAGGAUCGGCUGGAUGGAGUUCCGGCUCCUCCACUAUGCAGGAGAAGUCACCUAUUGCACCAAGGGGUUCCUAGAAAAAAACAACGACCUCCUUUACAGACACCUGAAAGAAGUGCUGUGCAGGUCUAAGAACAGCAUCCUCAGGGAAUGCUUCCUGGUGGCCGAGCUGGAGAACCGCCAGAGGCCGCCCACGGUGGGGACGCAGUUCAAGAACAGCCUGAGCAGCCUCCUGGAGAUCCUCAUCUCCAAGGAGCCCUCGUACAUCCGCUGCAUCAAGCCCAACGAGAGGAAGGAACCCAGCAAGUUCGACGACCUUCUCAUAAGGCACCAGAUCAAGUACCUGGGGCUGAUGGAGCACCUGCGGGUGAGGCGGGCCGGCUUCGCGUACCGGCGCAAGUACGAGCACUUCCUGCAGAGGUACAAGUCCCUGUGCCCGGACACCUGGCCGCACUGGCGCGGGCCUCCAGCAGAGGGCGUAGAACGUCUCAUCAAGUACAUUGGCUACAAACCCGAGGAGUACAAGUUAGGGAGGACCAAGAUAUUCAUCCGUUUCCCCAGAACUCUGUUUGCCACUGAAGACGCCUUUGAAUUUAGUAAACAUCAAUUAGUCGCAAGAAUCCAAGCCACAUACAAAGGCUGCCUGGGAAGGAGAGACUAUGUGAAAAAAAGACAAGCAGCCAUCAAACUAGAAGCCCACUGGCGGGGAGCCCUGGCCCGGAUGGAGACGCACAGGAGGAAGUGGGCCGUGCAGGUCGUGAGGAAGUUCAUCAGGGGCUUCAUCCACCGCAACAAGCCCCUCUGCCCCGCCGACGAGGAGUUCGUCCUCCUCGUGCGCAAGAACUACAUUCUGAACCUGCGGUACCACGUCCCCAAGACCGUCCUGGACAAGAGCUGGCUGAGGCCGCCCGGCAUCUUGGACAACGUUUCCGCUCUGCUCAGGAAAAUGUGCACGAGGAACCUGGUGCGGAAGUAUUGCCACGGGAUCACGGCCGAGUGGAAAGCGAUGAUGCAGCAGAAGGUGGUCACUAGUGAGAUAUUCCAGGGAAAGAAGGAAGGCUAUGCAGAAAGUUUAACUCGGCCCUUUGCCAACAGUCGGAUAGAGGAAGGAGACAUUAACCCCAAAGUGCUUCAAGUGAUCAGCAACGAGAACCUCCAGUACGCCGUCCCGGUCACCAAGUAUGACAGGAAAGGCUUCAGGGCGCGGCAGCGCCAACUCCUCCUGACGCAGAAGGCGGCUUACGUGGUGGAACUGGCCAAGGUCAAGCAGAAAAUAAACUACGCGGCACUCAGAGGUAUCUCCACCAGCAACUUGAAUGAUGGAAUCUUCGUCAUCCACGUCUCACCCGAGGACAGCAGGCACAAGGGGGACGUCAUCUUACAGUGUGAACACGUGUUUGAAGCCGUCACCAAGCUCGUCAUGCUGGUUAAGAGGGAGAACCUCGUGAACGUCGUCCAAGGAAGUUUACAGUUUUAUAUUAGUCCUGGAAAAGAAGGCACAAUAGUUUUCGACACUGGACCGGAAGAACAAAUCUACAAAGAUAAAAACGGACAGUUAACAGUGGUGUCGGUCCGAAGGAAGUCCUGA